GCCGUGCUCGAGGUGUGGGCCACCGGCGCCUCGUACGAGGAGGCCGUCGCGGACGCUCUGGCCGCGGGCGGGGCGGCGGCGCGGGCGCGGAGGCGGCGGUUCCUGGCGCCGCCGCUCACCUUCCAGAUCCGCUUCGCGGCCUUCGGCAGGACCGCCACCAUGGAGGACAAGGGAAGGUACCUCGAGCUGCUGAGGCCCCUUUUCGAGGGCGACGAGGCCUCUCAUUCGCGCCCCCGCGCCGCGGCCUCCAGCAUUCAGGAGAAGGGGACCUACAUCGCUGACAUUGAGAAAGUGCUGAAGAAGCACAGGACCACGAGCAGGCGCAACAACAUACAGCCCAGGCAGAAGUCCAGGCAGCUGCGUUUUGUCCUACAGCGCACGCAGAUUAGCUCCCUCCAGCAGGGCGACGAGGCCCAACAGCACGAGAUCGACAUGUACAAGCAGACGGAGGCAGCGUGUAGAGAAUGGAACGCCAUCCACCAGCGGCUCGCCGAGGAGGCCGCCCAGGAGUUGUUCUACGCGCAGCAAGUGUUCGACCAGCUCGAAGAGGCGCUAUCCACCGACGAGGUCUUCAGCGACACCGAAGGGAUCAUAACAUUCCCGCAGCGGGUGGAGCCCAUGCUCACGCAAGGACGAGUGCGCCCCGACCAGUCCAUCCCACCGAAAGCGGCGCGCAAUUAUCAUACGUUUCGCCACGUGGACAACAUCAUGAACGUGUUCGCCGCGAGGUCAGCGCUGCAUCACCAACCACGCUUCCUUACAGGUUUGCCGGCACACGUCGCGGUGGCCUGGCACGUUGGUCUCGCUGUGCUGCCGACGCUGGGACAGCUGCGAACGGCCGAGGUAGGCGCCUCGGACGCGUCAACAGCUCUGACUGGUAAGCGCGGCAGGCGGCUGGACGAGCUGCAUCGGUGCGCGCGCGAAACAAGGCGCGCGGGCACUUCCCAGCUGCGCAGCCGCGCAAGCGACGCAACGGCCAGCUACGCCCACCAGCACCUGUUCACAAAGAUGUCGAAGGCUAGCGGCUACGCCAGCACUGUGACAGCUGCAGAGCCAGGAGCCUUCGGUGUAAAGCUCCAGGCGCCGCACGUGUCCAACGCGGCCUGCCACCAGGCACGUGUGGCGCACCGCGACGUCAAGCCCGACAACUACCUGAUCUGCCCCGACGGCAACACGGUGAAGCUCUGCGACUUCAGCUCGUGUGCCCUGCUGCCACCGAACGGCAGCGUGGCGGGCGAGUUCGGCACCGCGCCCUUCAUGUCACCCGAGAUGCUGACGGCGCAGCACGGCCUCGCCACCGACGUCUACUCUUACGGCGUGGCGGCGUACUUCAUGCUCUUCGGAGAGCUUCCGUACAUUCCAGAGAGGAUCACCUCGAGGGCUGCGAAGGCGGCCACCCGAGCGGGGGUGCCUGCGCCCAGGUUCUUGGAGCCCGUGCCGGGGGACCCGAGCGGCAGUGUGGGCUUCUGCAGGGGGCUUCUGCAGCGCGAUCCGAGCCAGCGCUGCAGCGCAGGAGAUGCUCUGGGCCACUCGUACUUCCAGGUGCUGUUCGACGCGAAGAAGGGCCCCGCCAUGCCCGACACGCAGAGCACGCUGGAUCCGUUCGAGGCGCCCGCGCUGGAGUCGGACGAUCUGGAGUCGGACUCGGAGGGGACGUGCACUCCGAGACUGAGCCAGGUAUCGGCUAUGUCUUUGUGCGUCCCAAGGUAGGGUGAUUCAGAGAACGAGCAGCCUGAAGAAACGCCCUCAGUGUCGUGGCCAGCAACUUGUAAGCAACUUUUUGCUUUGCGCACAACUCUCAAACGGUCGGUUGUCAUGCGCCAGCCUGCUGACGGAUGACGUAACACCUCUUGGGCAAUUGGCUCCACGAGCGAUUUGACCAUGGCGCUGGUGUCGUUCACUGAUCUACGCCAGGCCUGGAGAAGUCGCCGAUCUCUCCCACAGCCGAAUUUUAAGUCUUCCAUAAUUUGGCAAGCUUUUCCAUCCAGGGGAGCCCCGUUGCCCCGGAGCAGCGACGCUUGCUUUCCAUGUCGCAUGCCACGACAGUUCUGUUGAAUUUUGGAUCAACCGAGUUCAUCCACCCGGAGGUACGCGGUGCAGUCUGUCACAGGUCAUGCGAACCCACCGCCAUUUUUUCCGUGCACGCCUGGGGCAGCGAGUCUUCCUGGACACGUCCGUCCAAUUUUCAGCGGAUGGUUGAAGUAGCAACUGUCGCAACCAAUCGUCGUAGCCACUCCCCCCUCGUCCUCGUGGUCAUCCUCCUCCGCUGCCCCCUGCCGAGAAAACUGCGCGCCUGAAGAGGCGCCAGUUUCGCUUGCGCUCCUGUGGAGAUCGCGCCCAGCGGCGGCUCGUCCCUGUUGGAGGUAACUCCCCACUCAGAUUCCCCAUAGUCUUCAGGAGGGA